AUGGCUGUAGGGCCGACUCUCGGGACCGGUCUCUUUAUUGGCGCCGGCCAGGCGCUGGCUGUCGGUGGUCCAGCUUCGCUCCUCGUCUCCUAUCUAUUCUUAUCGGCGUUGGUUUAUUGUCUUGCUACAGCCGUCGCGGAGAUUGCAGCUCAUAUGCCCCUUCGAGAUGGGACUAUGUUGACUCAUGGCUACCGAUACGCAUCGACACACUUGGGUUUCUCAAUGAGCUACCUUCGUUGGUACUCGUUAUCAAUGCUGAUCCCAUUCGAGAUCACCAAUGCCAUCGUCAGCCUUGGUCUGGUCAAGCCUUCUCCCGCAGUCGUUCUUCGCGUUAGCAUUCCUGCCGCGAUAAUUUUCGGUUUCAACAUGCUUCCCGAAAGGAUGUUUCAACGGUCACAGGCUGCUUUCACCCAUUUGAAGUUAAUUACAAGCUCAGGGCUUGUCCUUCUGUCCAUCGUCUUUGCCAUUCCAGGUGUUCCUCAUUCUCCCGUGCGUGGAUUUCAGUACUGGAACAAUCCUGGUCCCAUGAAUGAGUUCGUCUACAGUGGCCACUUGGGUCGGUUUUUGGGUCUGCUACAGUGCCUGUUGUAUAGCACAAUUGCCUUCUCCUUCGCUCCGGAACUCAUCGUUCAGAGAGCCGAGCAGCUGGACUCAGAAAAUCAAGCCAACGUUCUGAGCGUGGCACGAACUGAUAUGAUCCAACUGCUUGCGCUGUACAUCCUCAAUGCACUGGCCAUGGGUGUGAUGAGCCCUUCGACUGAUCCCUCAUUGACCAACCAUGGCAUUGGAGCGGGGGCUUCUCCCUACCUGGUGGCGAUCAAAGCAAUUGGGAUCCCUGUUCUGCCGGUGGUUGUGACCGUGUUGAUCUUUCUCUCAUCUGUGGCAUCGGGACGCUCGUUUCUUUUCACGUCUUCCCGCUUGCUAUGCUCUCUGGCUGAAGCCGGGCAUGCCCCGGAAUUAUUUCAGCGGCGCAAUCGGUGGGGCGUGCCUUACAUGGCAGUCAUUACAUCCGCGCUCUUCGCCAAUUUUGCGUACCUCUCCGUGAUAAUAUCCAGCUCCGUUGUCUUCAAUUCUCUCAUGCAGUUCAUCACUACUUCGGGGUACAUUUCCUGGAUCGGCUCGUGCAUCGUUUACCUUCACUUUCGUCGACAGACGGAAGGACUGGGCUUCACGUCGGUGCACCGAGCCAGGAUUCAGCCGUAUGGAGCGUACGUUGCGAUUGCCAGCUGUACCGUGCUGCCCGUGGCCAACGCUUUCAUCUUAGCGACACCGUCACAGCUCACAGCCAGCAAGUUGGUUCCGCUAUACAUCGGAAUCUCCUCGUUUUUUCUCCUCUAUUACGGUCAUCACGUGGGCUCUUUCCUUGCUCAGAAAAAGACCAAGGUGAAAGAGUCUGUGGUCGAGGAACCUGGUGACUGGGCCAUCGAGCUCUCCCCGCAACCUCCGACGGUGGAACCCGGUACUUGGGCCAUGAGUGAGACGUGA